UUCAAACAGGAUCUGCACAGUUUCCACUGUUCUUCUCAUCACACUGGUCUUACUUCUGGUCUUGAUUUUUUAAAAACACGUUAGAAGAUGGGGAUGGACUCGGUGGUAAACAAUUCUGGUGAUGUUGCACCCUACGGAGGAAAAAGUGCUUUCAGCCAAACGGAGCACAACAUUGUGGCUGGAUAUCUCAUAACUGCAGGCAUCAUCAGUUUGGCCAGUAACAUCAUAGUUCUGCUGAUGUUCGUGAAGUUCAGAGAGCUCCGCACUGCCACUAACUUCAUUAUCAUCAACCUGGCCUUCACUGACAUUGGAGUGGCCGGCAUUGGUUAUCCCAUGUCUGCUGCCUCAGACAUUCAUGGAAACUGGAAGUUCGGUUAUACAGGCUGUCAGAUCUAUGCAGCCCUCAACAUCUUCUUCGGCAUGGCCAGCAUAGGCCUACUGACUGUGGUCGCAAUCGAUCGCUAUCUCACCAUCUGCAAGCCAGACAUCAGUCAGAAAAUGUCUGGUAGAUCUUACAACAUCCUUAUUCUGGGUGCUUGGCUGAACGCUGUGUUCUGGUCCUCCAUGCCUAUUGUAGGCUGGGCAAGUUAUGCCCCUGACCCCACUGGAGCAACGUGCACCAUCAAUUGGAGAAAGAAUGAUGCCUCUUUCAUCUCCUACACGAUGGCGGUGAUCGCUGUGAACUUUGUGGUUCCUCUGUCUGUCAUGUUUUACUCCUACUACAAUGUGUCAGUUACCGUGAGGAGGUACAAAGCCAGCAACUGCCUCGACAGUAUCAACAUCGACUGGUCUGACCAGAUGGAUGUCACCAAGAUGUCUAUUAUAAUGAUCAUCAUGUUUCUGGUUGCCUGGUCUCCCUACUCCAUGGUGUGUCUCUGGGCAUCUUUUGGUGACCCGAAGACCAUUCCUGCUCCCAUGGCCAUCAUUGCUCCCCUCUUUGCAAAGUCCUCAACGUUUUACAACCCCUGCAUAUAUGUCAUUGCCAACAAAAAGUUCAGGAGAGCCAUCAUAGGGAUGAUUCGGUGUCAAACAAGGCAAAGGAUCACAAUCAGUACCCAGGUUCCAAUGACAAUCUCCCAGCAGCCUCUGACCCAGUGAUUAAAUGUCACUUCAGUAAAAGACUACAUAAAUAUUUAAAUAUCCCUACAUUAAAACCCUCUAAUGAACAUUUAUGUACUUCAGUUAUCAGUGUUUGUCUAUUGUAGCUGGUUUGCUGUUAAAUAACUGAGUUCGCUGUGGUAUUUACUAUGUAAAUCCCAAUUGUUUUUACUUGGUAUGUGUUGUUUUGGCCCAGAUAAAGCAAUUAUAAACGAUUGAUGAAAAUAAACUUAUUUGUUAACUCUUUCCUCCCUCAGGUGGGGAAAUUUAAAAAAUAAUAUAAUAUUUAAUUAGUCAUAAUUAUUACAUCAUUUGAAGGAAGCCACUAUUCUUAAAGUGUCUAAAAAUGCUGCAAUAAAGUUUAUCAAUAACUUUUGACUUGAUGUGAUGAAGUGCUUUCAGAGCGUGAUUUAAAACAUUGUGUUAAAACUCUUACCCACAAUAUAUCUGCUGCAGUUUGUCUACCGUUCAGAUUGAUCCACAGACGACACCAUCUUCUCUGUGCUACAAAUGACCAUACAGCAGCUGGAAGGAAAACACACCCAUCUGGCUUCAGGUCAAUUUGAUUCCUAACCAAAAUAUACUCUCAUUUCAUAUGUACAAAUUUAGAUUUUUUUCUUUCUCUUUUGUCCCUCUAAAUUAACCAUUUUGUAACCACUAUGUUUAACUGUUUUUGUUAUACAUUAGGAUUUUUCUGUUAAAUGAUGAACUAAUUUGUCAUAAACAUGCUCUGUUCUCAAGUAGAAUUUAAUUAAAUUGUUAAAUAUUAUCUGAGAAUGUUGUAUUACACUCUGCUUCAAUUUAUUAUAAAACUGAUCCCUCUUUUUGGUCCAGUCUUAAAAUAUGACAGAUUCUGACUCCUGAUCAAAUAAAAACAGGUCUACUUGCCA